CGACGAACUAUGUAUAGUGAGCUCCGGACUAAUGAAUUACACAGUUAAACAAGUCCAGAUUCAUUUCUGUAUUAUAUAUACAGAGCUGAGCCCAGGCACGAUAGUGGAGGCUGGGAAACUGAAGGCUAUAUAUUUAUAGGAGCAAGAAGAGGAAAAACACUCAAGUUGUGUGAGAAAUAAGAAGAGAGCUAGCUAAAUAUAUCAUGGAAUGGAGAAAGUGCUACUUGGAUGUGAUUCUGGUUCCCCUAGGGUUUCUGAUAACAGCUGGUUAUCAUGGAUGGUUGUGGCACAACGUUCGUAAUAAUCCAGAGACUACAAUCAUCGGCAUAAAUACCAGAGGAAGAAGAUUAUGGGUCUCUGCAAUGAUCAAGGACAAUGAAAAGAAGAACAUUCUGGCAAUCCAAACGCUUCGAAAUACGAUCAUGGGAUCAACCUUAAUGGCCACCACGUCGAUCCUUCUCUGCUCCGGCCUGGCGGCCGUGAUUAGCAGCACGUACAGCGUGAAGAAGCCACUGAACGACGCCGUCUACGGAGCUCAUGGGGAGUUCAUGGUCGCCCUCAAAUACGUGACCCUACUCACCAUUUUCCUCUUCUCCUUCAUGUGUCACUCGCUUUCCAUCAGGUUUAUAAACCAAGUGAACAUCCUCAUCAACAGUCCUCAAGAUCCCACUUCGCCAGUGACCCCCGAGUACGUGGCGGAGCUUCUAGAGAAAGGUUACAUUCUGAACACUGUGGGGAAUAGGCUGUUCUACGGAGCACUGCCUCUACUGCUUUGGAUUUUUGGGCCGGUGCUGGUGUUCUUGUGCUCCAUAACCAUGGUGCCAAUGCUUUACAAUUUGGAUUUUGUGAUUAGAAGCCCUGAUCAGAAAGGAAAGAAUAUGGAUUCUUCUGGAGAUUCGGACUUUGUUUGAAUAUGCCAAUAUCCCUACUCAUCGUCGAGGCAUUUGGUGAUGAUUCAAUUAGUUGGAACGAAGAUAAACAAAGAAACGAGUGCAAUUUCAAGAAUUUUUGUAUAAAUGCUUUGUUAUCUCUUAUGAUUUCCCUCAAUCUUACACGACUCUAUCAUUUCCUGCUU